CGGAUCAACAUUGCAUCACUUUCAUCCCAGCAACGAACAACGACGGACGUAAUUUUUUAACGAGAGAUUUCUAAAAUUCAAAUCGCACGCGUGAAGUUUUUAAGAGUAUUUCUGCAUUUAAAGUGUAAUUUUCUGUGAACGGUUCUAGAAGUUUUUUUGCACAAAUCGAAGUGAGGGUAAAUUAAAAGCUAUGGAAGAAAAUUCAGGAGCUCUAUUAGAAUAGGAUAACAGUCUCAGGUUUGAAUAUUGUGUCAGAGAAAAAGGUGACGAAGCACAAUCGCAACGGAAUAAGUUUUAGUGAAUCCUUAGUUUGGACCAAUUGUGGUCAUUAUCAAAGAAAACAUUAAAAAACAAUUAUUUGUGUUAUAGACGUUCAAACAUUCUUGGGGUUUUCUUAAGAAGUUCAAAGUGAACAAGUUCCGGUGAUUUUUUGUUUGUGGGAACCACGUGAGGUUGCGCAAAACAGUGAACUCGAGAUAACGUUACAUUCAAACAAGUGACGCACAAGUGAAUUGUAUAGUUGAACAGGAACCACCUUAUUUAAGCGAAUUACCAUGCAAGUUAUUGUGAGCAAGAAGAUUGACGCCACCAUUAAGCAGAAACAAGUAGUUGUUAACUCUAUUGUCAAGCGGAAGAACAUUUCCAAGUCUAGUGACAACAAACAAUUUAUGCGGUCUUUUUCGUCAUCGAUGUUUGGUUUUAUAUGCAUACAUCACUGUCGUCAUCAUAUUGUGGGUACGAGAGUAAACACGGUCAAUAUGGGUUUGCAGCGCUGUCACCAGAGAACUGAUAACACCACCACCGGCGUCGUCAAUAAAUGGUUGAGGGCCCAACACUCUCAACUCAUCCAUUGGUGAAGCUUAAGGCGUUAAAAUUUCUUUGAAGCUCAACGGAGAAUUUAUUUCUCUUUCACAAUGGCAGAAACUACCGAAUUCGAAUGCGAGAGCCGUUCAUGGCGAGAAAAUCAACUUUCUAGUGUACAACAACGGAAACCACGAACAGCAACAGCAGCAACAGUACGAAAACAUAUACUUCCACCAAGAGGACUCGCAGCAGUUACGGAGCAACAGUUUUACAAACUUGAACUCGCAGAAUUACCCUCUGGAGUCACCUUCAGCAGCAGCAACAGCACAGUAUCCGAUCAGUGGCGUAUUAGGCGCAGCGAACUGGAUCAGCUCGACGACGAUAGAGACGGAAGAUUCUUCGCUUUCACAGCCCACUUUGAGCCCUUUGGCAAACCAGAACAAUAUGUUCACGGGCGUAAUCGACAUCGACCGUUGGUUGAGUGGAACCGACAACAGAAGCGCUAUGAUAGAUGAACAGCUCAACACACCUACGCCUGGGAAAACCUGUGGGUUUGAAUAUGACUGUUUCAGAGGACUUGGGGCGUCCGAAACGAAAUUUAACCUUACCAACAAAUUUAAUAGCAGCAGCAGCAGCAUCACUAAAAACAGCGGAGAUGAUUACAAUAACAACCAUAAUCUACAUACCAACGAAGCUACGCAUGGCCUGAAGGAGCAACCAUUCGAACUGAAAUGUAAUGAUUACGAUAGCAGCAGCAACUUACCGACACUACCUUUCGAUAGAAAAUUGUCAAUCGCUCCGGCAGGAUUCAACUCGUGGGAGUUCGAAUCCUGCCUUGAGGAAGCACUCCUCAGUCCUAGUUAUGGUAUAGUGACGCCACCUCACAGUAUGAUGGAGGUGGCGUCUCCGGGCAGCAGCUCGGGCGAUACAGAACGCAAACUGGACGAGAAAGAAACUUGUGUCGAUUUCAAUUCACUCAUCUUUUCACCAGAAGCAACAACACCAAUCGUCGGGGAAGAGGAGGACGAUUUCAAUAUUCCCUUCCACGAGGAAAUCGAACAACUUUCGAAGUCUUUCUACUGCAGUUCCAACAAUCUAAUUUCAAUCAAGAGCUUCCCCAACGAAGAGGAGAAGGAUUCUGUAUCGCCCAGCACGCUGGAUCUGUUGCCAGACGAAUCCGUCAUCUCUUUCGCCACUAUUGAAUCCCAUAACAUUUCAGAAAAAUCGAAUUUCGAUACGAGUGGUGCUGUGUUAGGAACACAGCCUUCAAUUGCCGACUCGUUCUUCAGUGAUGCUGACGAUGAUGAACAACAACUGAACGCGCUAGAAAAUCAGCCAGGGCAGGAGCACAUUCGCGAUCCAGCAGGGGCAGUCCCCUCGCGGAACGUUUCAAACGAAAGUGAUGAUAAUACUGUUGAUGUUAAAAUGCUAACUCAACUAGAACAUAACUAUACUAUUAAGGUAUCAGAUCAAGGCGGCGAAAGCCCCAUUGUAUCGCAACAACAUAAUACGGUGAAGGAAUCAAAACUAUCGCAACUUUUGAAGUCCGAAGAGACAUUACGUUCGCAGCAACGAUCAACGCUUCAGCAGCAGCGGAUAGACAAAAAAUCUUCUUCCCAUCGACUCCGGUUGCAGCGCAAAAAGAUGAUUGAAAACAACCGCCGCCGCAACCGGGUUGUGCCCAGUUUGAAACUCAAAAUAAUAAACCCAUUGACCAUCAGCAGUGCUGACGAUACGGCACUGAUGGGCGCCAGUGCGCAACAAAUGGCGCUCAAUACGCCCGAUGUUACGAACGCUAUUCUCGAUCUUGAGGCGGAGACCAUGAAGAAGGAAGAGGAUUUCGAUCUGUUGGCAUACAUCACUUCCGGAACGGAUUAUGAUGAAAUUCCGUUGUCCCCUAUCGAUGAGAAACCAAUUCUUCCCCUUAUUGACGAACAGCCGCCAACUCCGGUGGCAGCUGUUCCAGAUACUAGCAGCAGCUCCACCACCAUUUGCAGCACAACUCUCAGUGAUUUGUUAAACUCGAAGAGAAAACUCUCGACUCUAACCAUCGAAAACCUAGAUGAACUGACGGCAGCUACAAAUCCCAAACGUAUCCGUAGUAGUACUGCUGCUGCUUCUGCAGCCUCCUCGGUGUGCGGCGAUAAUUUCUCGGAAACAUCCUCGAAUCGUCCCCAGAAGCGACGUGGUCGGCCCCCGAAACAGGUCGGCUCGAUCCGGAGCCGGUCCGAGUAUAAACAUUUGAACGAGGAGGAUAUGCGUUACCGGGAGCAGCGCGACAAGAAUAACGAGGCUUCCCGCAAGUCUCGCAUCAAUCGUAAGGAUCGCGAGCUGAGGUUGGAAAGCGAGGCCCGGGAGUUGUGCCGGCAGUACGACGAGCUGAAGUUGGAGGAACAGCAGGUAAUAAGAGAAUGUGCCCGAUGGCGGCGGGCGGUAAUGCGUUUGGCGCUUUUGUAAUCGUUGCGGAACAGUGGCGAAGUAAUUCUCUCUCGGGUGGCUUUGUUUCUUUUUUUAAAUUAGAGUACAUCAAGUUUUAAGAACAAAAAUGUUAAUUUUUAGUCUUUGUUGGAAUCAUGCUAAUCGUAGUGAACAUAAGACAUAAAUUCAAAUAUGUAACCUGAA